AAAAGGUUUUAUAUACAUCAAAUUAUUAUAUGUAUUUCCCCGCCCAAUAUUCACUCAAAAAUCAAAUCCUAAACGCACCAUCGCCUCCGCUGCUCCGCCACACUACUGCCUCCCUCAUCCCCCGCCUCUGCCACUACCAUGGACGAUGACGACCAUAGAGUCGUAGAUCUAGUCAAAGAGCUGGUGCACCGGUUACUCUGCACUUCCUCCCAAAACCCUAAUCCCCCCUCCUUUACUCAGCAAGAGUACAAUCAAGCCCUGAAAUACUCCCUUCGGAUACUCUCCAGCCGCAUGACCCCCUCCAUUGCCCCCGACGACUCCGCUAUGGCCGAAUCUAUCAAGCGACGUCUCGCCACCGCUGGUAAGUCCUCCGAAGCCCUAACUUUUGCCGAUCUUUAUGCAAAGUUUUCUCACAAAAAUGGACCGGGAAGCGUGAGGAAUAAGUGGGCGGUGCUCUACUUGCUCAAGACUAUAUCUGAGGACCGGAAAGUAAGGAAAAAUCAGUUUUCCAAUAGAAUUUCUAAUGGGUUUUUGGAUUCUGCGUUGGCGGGCGGGUUACCCACAUUGUUUGAGGGUGAUGAGAUAAGUGGCGGUUCUGGUGAAUUUGGGAAUUCGAGUGUUGGAAGGUCUACCGAUGGCUUUGUUGAUUUGAGGGGUUCGUCCGAAAAUGUUAGGAAUUUGAGAGGUUUCAGUAUCUUAGAGAAUGAGAAGAAUGAGGUUAGUCUUAGUGGUUUGACUGCGAAUAUGAAGAAAUUGAAGGUUUUGGGGGAUGCUUCUAGUAGUUUGAGGACAAGGGAGCAUGUGGAAAAGAGAUAUAAUGGAGGCAUAUUGGUAGUGUCCAAGGACCCUGAAAAUAUUCGUGAUAUGGCGUAUAGGGAUUUCGUGGAUUUGAUUAAGGAAGAAAAUGAGGUUACAGAAGUGAUUCUGGUGAGAGAUGUGCUCUAUGCGUGUCAAGGGAUUGAUGGAAAGUAUGUCAAGUUUGAUGAAAAGGCAGAUGCAUAUGUGCUGCCAGAGUUAAUUAAGGUACCAAGGGCUACUAGGAUUAUGGUUCGGAAGCUCUGUGAACUUGGCUGGCUGUUUAGGAAAGUGAAGGCAUAUAUAACAGAAAGUUUGGAUCGGUUUCCAGCUGAGGAUGUUGGAACUGUUGGGCAGGCAUUUUGUGCUGCAUUACAAGAUGAAUUGUCAGACUAUUAUAAGUUGCUGGCUGUGCUUGAGGCACAAGCAAUGAAUCCAAUUCCAUUAGUUUCAGAAAAUGCAAGCUCGGGGAACUAUCUUUCCUUGAGGAGACUGUCAGUUUGGUUUUCUGAACCCCUGGUGAAGAUGAGGCUUAUGGCUGUUUUAGUCGACAGCUGUAAGGUCCUAAAAGGUGGGGCCAUGGCUGGGGCAAUCCAUAUGCAUGCUCAACAUGGAGAUCCACUUGUGAAUGAUUUCAUGAAGAGGUCACUUCGCCGGGUUUGUUCACCACUUUUUGAAAUGGUAAGGACUUGGGUUUUGGAAGGGGAGCUUGAAGAUAUUUUUGCAGAGUUCUUUGUCUUAAGCCAACCAGUGAAAGCAGAGUCUCUUUGGAGGGAAGGUUAUCGGCUCCAUGCAGCAAUGCUUCCUUCCUUCAUUUCUCAGUCUCUUGCUCAGCGCAUCUUGAGAACUGGGAAGUCAAUUAAUUUCCUUCGAGUUUGUUGUGAGGAUCGAGGUUGGGCUGAUGCUGCAACAGAAGCAGCUGCAGCAGCUGGGACCAGUACUGGGAGAGGUGGCCUUGGAUAUGGUAAGACCGAUGCCCUUGAAUCUUUGGUUACAGAAGCAGCAAGAAGGAUAGAUAAGCAUUUGUUGGAUGUAAUGUAUAAACAGUAUAAGUUCAAGGAACAUUGCCUUGCAAUCAAGAGAUAUUUGCUUCUAGGGCAAGGUGAUUUUGUCCAGUACCUAAUGGAUAUUGUUGGGCCAGAGCUGUCUGAGGCAGCCAAUACCAUAAGCUCAUUCAAGCUUGCUGGAUUAUUGGAAAGUGCAAUUAGGUCGUCGAAUGCACAGUAUGAUGAUCCUGAUAUACUUGAAAGGUUAAGGGUGAAAAUGAUGCCGCAUAACACAGGGGAUAGGGGCUGGGAUGUGUUUUCAUUGGAAUACGAUACAAGCGUUCCACUAAAUACUGUUUUUACAGAAUCUGUUAUGUCUAGGUAUCUGAGAAUCUUUAACUUUUUGUGGAAGCUUAGAAGGGUAGAGCAUGCAUUGAUUGGUGUCUGGAAAAAUAUGAAACCAAACUGUGUCACUUCACGGUUCUUUGUUAAAUUACCAGAUGCUGUUAAGUUGCAUUUGAUAUUGACAUCAAGGAAGUGCCAAGUUCUCUGGGAUGAGAUGAAUCAUUUUGUUUCAAAUCUGCAGUACUACAUCAUGUUUGAAGUCUUGGAAGUGUCAUGGUCUAAUUUGGUAAAGGAAUUAGAAGCAGCUAAAGAUCUUGAUGAUCUACUCGCAGCACAUGAGAAGUACCUGUACUCGAUUAUUGAAAAGUCUCUCCUUGGAGAACGUUCCCAAAAUCUGAAUAAGAUCCUCUUUACUUUAUUUGAUCUCAUAUUGCGCUUCCGCAGUCAGGCAGAUCGACUGUAUGAAGGCAUAAAUGAAUUACAGUCAAGAACUACGGACUCUUCUUCUCAGGACAAAGCCAGAUUGCAAAGGCCAUCAAAUAAGAAAUUUUCAGAAUCUGGGUCAUGGCUUGGUGAAGGCAGGAAAGACCUUACAAGACGUGCUGGAGAAUUUCUUCGAAAUAUGGGACAAGAUAUAGAUGCAAUUGCAAAAGAAUAUUCAUCUGUCUUUGACGGUUUUAUUUCCCAAUUGCCCAUACAACAACAUGUUGACUUAAAAUUCCUUAUGUUUCGACUUGACUUCACUGAAUUUUAUAGCCAGUUGAGACCCAGCACAGGCGGGAAGCUUUUGUUGUAGUAUUGGACUCUAACAAAAUGCUAAUCACAUCUCAAAUUACCUAUAACAUGUUUCAGUCUGUUUUGUGCUGCACACUUGCAAACCAAUUCUGAUCUUGUGCUAGCUUACCUUGGCUUUGCUUGUAUAUUGUUGUCUUUAGGAAGGCCUUCUCAAUUUGAAAAAUGCUCUCUGCUUGGGUAAUAAAUGAGGCAGCUGAAGGUAUGACCUAUUGCCAAGUUGUGGUGCCAUAAUUUAGUCUACUUGUACUGUAUUCGGUUGGCUUGAUGUGUUGGUAUUUCUUGUGGUUCUGCAAAUUAUCUAUCUUGGGCUUGUAGAUCCAUAGCAUAGUCUUAGUAGUUGAAGAAAGGUAGUAAUUAGUGAUUGGUUUCUUGAUUUCUGAUUUUCCAAUAUGUUUGUCACAAGCAUUAUUAUAUAUGCAUUCUUGUAUUGGCUUACCGAUAAAAGAUGGGUGAAUUAUUUAUUUGCUUUCAUAAGAUUUCCCUUGGUUACAUUUCUCAUCUUGAUAUUUGGAAGCAAUUCGCGGAAUCAGAAGUGGAAUUGAUGUCUUCCUUCUUUGACAUCAUCACUUGUUUAACUCUUGACUAUUGUUGGAGAAGAUGCGGAAUCAGAAGUGGAAUUGAUGUCUUCCUUCUUUGACAUCAUCACUUGUUUAACUCUUGACAAUUGUUGGAGAAGAUGCGAUGACGAGGGAAUAAGUUUUUCUUCACCCGUUACUCUACCCUUGUGUGUUGUUUGUAUAAUAAUGUAAGUGAAGGAAUAUGCUCCCAAGCUUGGAACAAAUACAAAUAAUACUCGAUACUAAUAAGGGUAAUUGCAGUGCCCUCUAUUAAGAGUCAGUGUAUUUACUGAGCGUACUUAUAGAGGACCUAAAUUUUCAGUAAUUUAACAGACAAAUAAAUCUGAUAUUAAGGUGGUCUUUCAACAAGGACAUUAGUUCUCCUUUUACAUGUAUUUACAGCAAGCAGUUCUUUGAAAAAGUUGAAGUGUCGGGACUGAAUCAAACGUUCCCAGUUUUGCUGGUUCUUUCCUUCGAAAGGAAAAAAAAAAGAAAAGAAAGGAGUGUAUAACAUAUUAACAGAUGGCUGUGAUUGCCUGUUGUUAUAACACC